AUGCCUUUCAGACUAGUGAGAAGCCUCACGGUCGCUACGUCUCUAAUCUUUGUGUCCCAGUCAGUAUGUCAGGAUUUGAGCAAGCCUUGCCCGUUGGAGGGGGCAGUGCUGCCAGCGCCGACUCUUUUGAGCAAGUCGGAAGCAAUCAGCAAGGCAAAGGAAGCGCUCGAGGCCGAGCUCGUGAAGGCAUUCAAGUCGGAUGAAGAGAGUACAUUCGGCUCCUUGGGCUACCAAAAUUCCUUUUCCGUAGAGGUCUAUUCCAUCCAUGAGUCUGAAGCUCUCCACACUCAUCACUGGACCGCGCCGAAGGUACCGAUUACAUCUGGGCAGAAGACGAUAGACGGCAAUUCGAUCUUCCGCGUUGGAAGUAUUUCGAAGCUGAUCACCACCUACCUCUACCUCAUCAAUGCCGGCUUCAAAGGAUGGAAUGAUCCAAUUACCGACUACGUGCCGCAGUUGAAAGCUUACGCUGAGAAGAGCAAGGAAAAUCCGCUGGAUGUGGUCGAUUGGGACGAGGUCACUGUUGGUGGUCUGGUCAGCCAUUUGGCGGGAAUCACCACGGCUGGAGCUUCUCCACCGUCGGCAGAUGCUAAGCUCGCAGCCGCUGGACUACCAGAGGUGCCAGGUGUGCCAGGACAGUACUGUGGUGAUCCAGCAGUUCAAGAAGUCCCAUGUGACGAUGAAGAGUACCUGAAGAACCUCAACUUCCGACAUCCAGUCCUCCAGACGUUUGCGGACUCCCCGAUCUACUCCAAUGCAGCCUGGAGACUGGUCACCAUGGCCCUUGAGAAGAUCACUGGGCAGUCCUUCGAGGAUCUUUUCCAGGCCGCCGUUGAAGAUCUGGCCCUCAACAGCACUUCAGAGAAGCUUCCAGAGUCUGACGUCAAUUCAUACAUUCCCGUCAACUCCUCCAUCAGCUGGUAUGACGCCGACUUAAGAGCCUAUACUCCGGGAGGCGGUUACUGGUCUACCGUCAACGACCUGCGGAAGAUUGGAGCUUCCAUCCUGAACUCGACCCUCAUGCCUUCGAGCCGGACUCGUCAAUGGAUGAAGCCUUCGGUUUUCACCUCAAAUCCCAACUCGACUGUCGGAGCGCCAUGGGAGAUAUACAAAGCUCCUCUAAACCGCCACUCGUGGAUGUACACCAAGUCUGGAGACCUCGGAACAUAUUCCGGUCACAUAAUCUUGCUGAAAGAGUGGGAUGUUGGCGUGACGAUCAUGGCAGCGGGCUUCAAUGCCAGCAAGACGUCUCGAAUCCUAGCAGACAUGGCAACUGCGAUUUUCGUGCCAGCGCUGGAGCUUGCUGCUAAGGAGAAUGCUGCAGUCGCGUUUGCCGGCACAUACAGCGACGAGAAGACGAACUCGACCAUCAAGUUGGCUGUGCUCGAGGACGAGCCCGGUCUUGUCGUCACUGAAUGGUCCAUGGGAGGACUGAAAGUGCUAAGCAUGCUGGCGCAGCUACAAAAGGCUCCCACCAUGGUGGCUCACUUGUACCCGACAGGACUCGAGUCGCAAGAUGGCAAAUUGAGUGCGUGGCGCGGCAUCUUCGAGACUCCGCAAGCCGUCAGCGCGUCUCUCUUCGGCUCGUCUUGCACGAGCUGGUUCAGUGCAGACCGUAUUGUCUAUGGCGGUACCGGCGCUGGGGAAUUUGUAUUCCAGCUCGACAAAGCUGGCGGCGUUGCGAAUGGACUUGAGUUCAGAAUGUUUAAUCUGAAGUUGCCGAAAGCAGCGGACAGUCUUCUGAUGAAGCUCGUCGACUGCAAAGAGACCUCCGCGAGAGCAGCUGCACAGGUCGCGGCUUCACAAUCCGCUGCUCACACUCCAUCAGAGACACAGACUCCUCGACAGUCGGACCAGGUGCAUUACGCAAGCCAAGCAGCUUCAGAUGCUCCAAAGGAUCGAUCUCGAGCGGAGUCGCCCGCUAUCUAUUCCCAAAGGCAGUCCACCUAUGAAGCCGUUGACCAAGUCUUCCGCCAACGCCAAGAGACGUCAAACCUCAAUCAUGCAGCCGAUGCAAUCCCAGGGGGUACACAAGGAGCGACACCUCGAGAGAACUACAUCAGUUGGAAUAAUGUUGUAGAUGUCGAUAUACCUCCAGCACACGUCGUUGGCGUUCUUCUCGAUGCAUAUAUGACAUCUGUCCAUUGGUUCAUGUCUGUCUUUCACGAACCGACUAUUCGUGUCAAUGCGAGCUCCGUUCUUGCCACUGGACUGGUCGAAGAGAAGCACAAGCUCUUCCCGGUUCUGCUAUUGAUCAUCCUCUCCAUGGGCGCGCGUUAUGUCUCGCCCGAAGCAGCUCGGCGAGCGUGUCCGGAGUAUGACUUAGCGGCAUCCGAGCCUGUCUGGAUAAGAGCUGUUGAGAAUAGGUUGCUGGACGUAUUCGAAGAAGGUGGACUGGAAGCGGUGCAGGUUGCGAUAAUUCUGAAGAGCUACUGGUUGUAUGGGAACAAGCCUAAACGAAGCAUUGCCAUUGUUGGCGGAGCGAUCAAAAUAGCCCUGUCCAUGAAAUUGCACCUGGAAAGCACCUGGGGCACGAAAGACCCCGUUGAGGUCAAUGUGAGAAGACGGCUCUGGUGGUCUCUGUACGUGGCUGAUAUCUGGGCUGCUACCAUCUAUGGAACGCCCUGUAACAUACACGACGACGAUUGGGAUGUUGCUUUGCCCGAGAACAUCGAUGACGCGUCCGCAGUGUGUCCGGGCUAUGGGACAACCGACAUCAUUGACGGCCGGAACUUCGGUCAAGUCACCGUCUUCUCAUACCAGCGUUACAAAUUUGCUCUAUACAAGAUCGCUUUUUCGAUCAUCAACACGGUAUACACUCAUCGCAGGACGAGCCUUGAAAACACAAUACAGCGCAUCCGAAGUAUCGACGAGGCCCUGAAGUCUUGGGAAGCACAAGUUCCACCUGAGCUACUUCUGCGCAACAUAGGAAAACCGCAGCGUGUGCCGGACGUUACCACUAGCUUGUUUCAACAACAGGCGCUCGUUCUUCAGAUCUCAUACGACAACUUUCGACUACUGCUCCAUCGGCCUCUUCUGACCAUGAACAGGCUUUCUCGAAGUCGGAAUCUUUCUACGAUAUCUGGACAGGGACCCAGUGACGCCAUCGAUAGCGCGAUCGAGAGCAGUAAAUACACAUGUUGGAAGGCCGCUGUGAGAACUUCACAGAUCGGUAGCUUCGCAGAGACGAUGCGCAGCAUGAGAUACAGCCUUGGCGCAAGCUACAUCAUGAUACAGGCAUUGACUGCAGCCGUAGCUCUUGGCAUAUUCGCUCUGUCCGAUCCAACGUCCCAUCAGAGCCAGGAUGCGAAAGCAGGCAUUGGCCGAAUCGUUGGUUAUCCCAGAUUGUUCGACUACCACACUGCCAUCUUCGAUCAAAUAGAAGCUAUCUUAGAGGAGCUGCUGCGACUCAUACUGAGCGAGGAGAUGAAGGCGCUUCUCGGCGGCUCAACCAAAAACAACGCUAAGGCUAACAAGGCGUCGUCGAGAGAGCCCGGUGUCGCAAGCAGCAAGCUACCAGUAAUAGAGGCCUCUGCUGCUCCUCAGGACGCCUCGAACUUUGUCAGUCCUCAUCAUACCGUACAGCCAUCACCAAACCCAUCGGGAACCUAUGAUCUGAGCUACGGAAAUUUCAGUGACGCUUUAGUCUCGCUUCAAGAUGCGUUCCGCGAUCCUCGAGGCACAGACGUCGUCACACAAUCCGCACAAGGACAAGGCGGAAUUCUGAAUGAUGGUUGGACAGGCAUGAUGAGCAAUCCAUUCGGAAUGGACGCCGGAUGGAUUUGGGAUGAUAUGUGGCAGACUGAUGACUAUCAAUUCGAUACAGGCUGA